CCUCACCAAAACCCUCUGAUGCCUCAGGUAGGAAGUUACUCAAAAGGACUGCAAGCCUCGGCAGAUUAAAGGAGCCGUGUAGGUGCAACACCAACAACAAACUGUCAACACUGUUUGGCUGCAUGAUCCAGAGGAGCAGGUCCCACCUCAUAAAAGGGGCAUCUCUCACAAGAGCCAAAUCUCAGGUGUCUUUUGGCUGAACUCUUGAAGUUGGACCAGACCAGCUUGCUGUUUACUUACUUUUUAAGAAGAAGAAGAGGACGUCUAAGCUGGGAGCACAUAGCUCAGGAUGUCGCAAGACAUGGAUUUCAGUAAUGAAACAGAUGAUAACUCUACAUUUUAUGACUGGGGGGGAGAUGAUACAUCACCAUGUGAUCUGAAAGGUAAACAUGGACAACAAAUGACAAUACAAACCUGCAUCUACUCUUUAAUUUGUGCCCUUGGACUAGUGGGCAAUGUUCUGGUUCUUGUGACGUAUGCAUUCUAUAGAAAGGCCAAGACCAUGACUGACAUCUACCUAGUCAAUGUGGCUUUAGCAGAUCUCCUCUUUGUCAUUGCCCUGCCACUGAUCAUAUAUAAUGAGCAGUACAGCUGGAGCAUGGGCAGCUGGGCAUGUAAACUAUUAACAGGAACCUACAGCAUCAACCUGUACAGCAGCAUGCUCCUGUUGGCCUGCAUUAGUGGAGACCGCUACGUGGCCAUCGUUAAAGCAAGCCGUUCUAUUGGAAUUCGCACCAAAGCCCAGAUAUACAGCCGGGCUGUUUCCUCCAUAAUCUGGCUUCUUGCCGUUGCAUUAUCUAUGCCAACGUUCAUCUUCUACGAUCGGUAUGUGGAGAAGAGCUUUGAUGGAAUGGAGGAAGCUGAGUGUGUCCUCAGCUUGGAGACAGGUACAACAGCGAAUCUGAUGAGAGUCCUGGUGCCCAGCACACAGGUCACUGUGGGUUUCUUUGUGCCCAUGUUUGUGAUGGGCUUCUGCUACUGCAGCAUUGUGUUAACUCUGCUCAGGGCGCAGAACUACCAGAGGCACAAGGCAGUGCGUGUAGUUCUGGCAGUGGUCAUCGUGUUUAUCCUCUGCCAUCUCCCCUAUAACAUCCUCAUUCUGGUCCACACUGGCAAUCUGUUCGGAGAGAGAAGCUGCGAGGCAGAACAGAACAUUCUGUUGGCUUUGUCUGCAACCCGGUGUGUGGCCUACCUCCACUGCUGCCUCAACCCUAUCCUCUACGCCUUCAUCGGAGUGAAGUUCAGGAAUCAUUUCUGUAAGAUUAUGGAAGACCUGUGGUGCUUAGGGAAGAGAUACUUCUCUUCAGCACGCUCCUCCCAGCAAACCUCAGAACUCUACAUUCCGGCACACAAAUCUGGCGAAUCCAAUCAUGAGAACCCCUCCUCAUUUACAAUGUAACACACAUUAUAAAAGGGAGCAAUGAAUUUUCUCUCAGCUGCCAUGAGC